UAUUAUUAUUAUUAUUGUUUACUAUCAAUUUGAUCAACACGAAGAGAUAAAAAAGCCUGAAGGUGAGACCAUGACGGCUGUCUCGCAAACAAAGAAAACAAGAGGAAACAAAUGUAGUGCUCAGACAUCAUUAACCUUGAGGUUUUAGCCCUGACUGAUUGUGAUUUGUAAUCCCAAGGCGGCACCGGCUUUGUCCUUGACAGCAAGCUUUAAAACAUGCCUCCCUUCUGAUGUCCCUGCCAGCCUUAACAUCACAUCCUUUCCCCUCACAUCUGAGUGUCUGUGGAAUAUUCUGGCAGGUGCAGAGCGGCAGAAGUUGUGGAGAUGUCUCUCGCCGGAGAUGUGUGUGUGUUAUCGGGAGCUUGUGGUUUUCUUGGGGAGAAGCUGGUCAGGCUGCUGCUGGAGGAGGAGAAGCUUGCAGAAAUUCGACUGCUGGACAAAAAUAUCCGACCGGAAUUAGUACAGUCUCUGGAAGAUCGCUGCGGUGACACAAAACUUAGUGUGUUUGAGGGAGACAUCAGAGACAAUGAGCUGCUGAGGCGAGCCUGUAGAGGAGCAACACUCGUAUUUCACACUGCCUCUCUUAUAGACGUCAUUGGAGCCAUCGACUACAGAGAACUGUACGAGGUCAAUGUCAAAGGUACCCAGCUACUUCUUGAGACAUGCAUCCAGGAGAGCGUGGCUUCAUUCAUAUAUACAAGCAGCAUUGAGGUUGCUGGUCCCAAUCCUCGUGGUGAACCUAUAAUCAACGGCAAUGAGGACACUGUGUACACCUCGUCCUUAAAGUUUCCCUACAGUCAAACUAAAAAGGAAGCUGAGCAGCUUUGCCUGAAUGCCCAGGGAGAGCUGCUUUCCAACGGGGGUCGACUUGCUACCUGUGUUCUGAGGCCAAUGUACAUCUACGGAGAAGGCUGCCGCUUCACUUUAGGCCACAUGCGAGACGGUAUCCGAAACGGCGACGUGUUACUGCGGACUUCAAGUCGCGAGGCUAAAGUGAACCCUGUGUAUGUGGGAAAUGUUGCUCUAGCACAUCUGCAGGCUGCUCGAGCCCUGAAAGAGCCACAGAAGAGAGCUGUGGUCGGAGGAAACUUCUACUACAUCUCAGACAACACGCCCCCCAUCAGCUAUUCUGACUUCAAUCACGCCGUUUUGUCUCCGUUAGGCUUUGGCAUACAGGAGAGGCCUGUCCUACCUUUCACCGUUCUCUACCUCAUAGCCUUCCUCGUUGAAAUGCUCCAAGCUGUGCUCCGCCCCUUCCUGCGCUUCACUCUGCCCCUCAACAGGCAGCUUCUGGUUAUGUUGAACACGCCCUUCAGCUUCUCCUAUCAAAAAGCACACAGAGAUUUGGGAUACACUCCUCGUUAUGAGUGGGCAGAAGCACGCAAGCGAACUACUGAUUGGCUGGCAUCUGUGUUAGCCAGAGAAAGAGAACAAAUUAGCCUGAAGUGAAAGCCCACAAUGUCGUGCUUUAUGUUCUACAAACAAACUAAAACUAAAGUUUUUAAGAAGCUUUGAAAUGAUCCUUGCCUGUCAAUUUAAGGACAUUCCUUAGUGACACAAUAAGGCAUGGGGGACCAUCUACAUUUACAAAAGAAAAGUGUUCUUUAUUUUAUGGCCUUACUUAUUUAUAACUGGUCCAAUUUUAUACUAAACCAUUAAAAUGUAUAUAUGAAAUAAAAAAAUAUAUUUGUAUUUGCCGUUUACAUGCAAAUGCAGAUGCUGUUGCAAAGUAGUUUUACUUAAAGUAGAAAUAGCAGUAGUCUAUAAAAAAUAUAUAGUGUGAAAAUAUAGUGUGAACAUUAUCAGUUUGUGGCUAACAACUCCAGCAGAUCUGACUAUAACAGUCUUAUUAAAAGGAGAAAAAAAUAUUUAACAAGUAUAUCUUACGACUAGAUUGGUCCACCUUGAGCUGCAUAAACUUCACAAAUGUGUGCAAAAGUCUCUAAUAAGUAGAUCAUAUCUUUCUGAUAGUCAGCUGAUCAUGAGCUUCAGUAGAACAAAAGGACUUUAUCAACCUGACCUUAUUUGUGUAGACACAAAGACUGUAACUUAAUCUUUUUUUAACAUUUACCCAUAAAUCAUAUUUUACUUCAUAAAAAAUAACAUUUCAUAACAUUUCUUUGUUUUUCCAUUUUUUUUAUUUGUUUAAAAUGUUCUGUUAUUUAUAAGUUUGAAUAAAGAAUUCAAAAGGCA